AAUGUUUUUACCCUAAUUCUGACCUAAUGCCCAAUUAUGAGUGGAUUAGUGCUGUUGGUAUUGACCCGAAUAGUUGUCCUGAAAGAUUAAAACAUUUUUUAGUUGGUUUCCACGAAAUAUUGGAGGGAAAUGGGGAAAAAAUUAACAAGGACGCAGUAAAUAGAGUAUUUGAAAUCGACCCUUCCUCCCAGGAAUACGCUGACAGUUUUGCUAAUAGUUUUAUUGGAGUUCAAAUUCAUUUGCAAAAUGAAAGAAAAACAGAGAAGUUGUUAGAGGGAAAGAGUUGGAGAGAAUUAGAAAAUGAAAAUAAAUUCGAAGGCUAUCUAACUACUAACGGAGCAAUGAUUAAUAAUGAGCCUUAUGAUGAAAUACCAGUAAAUAGCGUCCAAGCCACUCCCGAGCAAGUUGGUGAAGUUAAUCACCAACAACAGCAAUUAGCACAAAAUAACA